AUGGGACCAGCCUCCAGGAAAGGUCGCCCGGACGGGGCCGGGAGACCGUCGCCCGCUACUCGAAGCGCGGCCUCGGGACUGGAUGGCGGGGAAUGUGAAGGCGCGGCGGAACGGAGAGAGAGGGAAUGCGCGGACAGAGCACGUCAAGAGGGACCAGGCGCAGAAGAGGAAAUGAGAAGUUGCCAGAGGAACAGGAACGCGGCGGUUACGGAUUCUUCGGCGAGAACUGCCGAGGCAGCCGGCGACGCGAUGCUCGAAACAGAGGCCUCUCAUGGGAACGCAAGGAGACGAGCUGGUGCGGAGAGACAAGGCGAACCCUCUCGACGGGGCGUCGCAGAAGAAGGAAACGCCGAAUUCGCAGAUUCGCGGUUCAUCGAGGUCCGGGAGUGGAUACCUCAGCGAGAGCACAUUCACGACAUUGAGGUAGCAGGAGAGGAAGAAGGGGAAGAGGAAGGAGAUGAAGAAGAAGAGGAAGAAGAAGAGGAAGAAGAAGAGGACGAGGAGGAGGAGACGGAGGAGAAAGAAGGGAUUCCCAAGUCCCGGUCCACCGUCCAAAUUGUCCAGAGAAGGAAGGAGGAAUGCUACUGCGUAACAGAAGUCGACUACAUUCCGCGUUUCUGGACGACAGAUUUGGUCUGCUACUUCACCAACAGACCAAAAGUGGUUCUCCUCAUCAAACGCAUUAGCUCCCCUGCUGUGACGCGCGAGGCUGCUUCUCUGGCGCUCUACAUGCAUCGCGAACUUGGCCUCACCGUCAUCGUGGAGCCUUCAGCCGCGGAAGAGAUGGCAGCUGCAACCGAGAACGCCAUUCCCCUCAAGACCUGGAUCGACGACUCCGACUCCGGCCACGCCCGAGACGAAUCCGGCAAAGAGACUGGCACGUCUCCUUCGCGUCAUUCUGUCGCUUCAGCCUGGUCUCAGGCCUCUCCCUUGUCCCCUUUCUCGCCCGCUCACCCGUCGCCGUUUGCCCCGGAGUCUCCGCACUCCUCCGGUCCGUGUCCGUCCGCACGUUCUCCGCAGGCUAAGUCCGGAACUGACCCAGCUGGAGUCCGACGCCUGGCAGCCUGUUCUUCCUCCUCUCUGUUUGCUCCCUCUCCCCCCUCUGUCUCCUCCGGUUCUCCGGUCUCUGCUCGUGGCGUCCAGAGGAAGAAGCGAAAGGCCGCGUCUUCGCGAGCGUCGAAGCCGCCUCCGCAUCUGAGCGAAGCAGUCGACCUUGUCGUCGCCCUCGGAGGCGACGGGACCAUGCUCUGGGUCUCGCGCCUCUUCGCAGAGAGUGUCCCGCCCGUCUUGGGAGUCUCCAUGGGCAGUCUCGGCUACUUGACGAGAUUUUCCCUCGAAGAAGCUCGGAGUCAACUGGCUGAAAUGACCUCGCGGCGAAAGUUCCCGGUCAACCUCAGAUGUAGACUCAAGGUCUGUCUGGUGUCGGCAAACGACGAAAUCCUCGAGACGUUCGUCGCCUUCAACGAGUGCGUGAUCGACCGCGGCCACUCGUCGAAUCUCUGCAGCCUCGACGUCUUCUGCAACGACUGCUUCUUCACCACCGUUGCCGCCGACGGUUUAAUCCUCGCGACUCCGACGGGAUCCACUGCCUACUCGAUGUCGGCGGGCGGCUCCAUGGUGCAUCCAAAGGUGCCGUGUAUUCUCUUCACGCCGAUUUGUCCCCACUCCCUUUCUUUUCGUCCUCUGAUUCUCCCGGACUCCGUCGUGUUGCGCAUUGUCGCUCCGGAGGACGCGCGCGGCUCCAUCUGGAUUGCCGUCGAUGGGCGGUCUCGAACGCAGGUGAAGCGCGGCGUUUCCGUCCUCGUUUCUCUGUCCGCCUUUCCCUUCCCAAUGGUGGCGAGACGCCCUGCGUCCUGCCAUGACGUUUGGUUGGAGUCUCUGAAGAAAGGCUUGAACUGGAACCUGCGAAUUCGCCAAAGCGGGCUAGGCGGCGACGAGCAAAGAGAUGAGAGCCACGGCGACGCGAGUCCGGGGGCGCGCAGCUAUCGAGGCGGCGGCGACACGCGCGACGAACGAGGAGGCGCAAAAAGUGGGCAGGGCAGACUCAAAGCGCGGAACGAGGCGCAGGGACGCGAUACCUGUCGAAAAGCGGUGGGGAGGACGACUUCCGAGCACAGCAGGACGGCUCAGGACUCCGCGUCGCUCUUGAAGGUUCAAAAUGUGUCGCCGUCUCCUUCCUCGCAAGAGACGCGAGACCCGGAAUGGAAGUCUGGCGACGCCGGGGAGCAGAGAAGUCUGCAAGAGACGGCACGGCUGCCGUGUCACUCUUCAUUGCUGGCGACGGGGCGAGUGUCUCCUCUGUCGCCGCCGCUGCUCUGCGCCGAUUCGGACCCUGCGUCUCCGUCAAUGAGGCAUGUCUCGCCCUCGUCGGCAGCCUCUGCUGUCCCCCGCGAGGCGCUCGCCGCGUUGUCGUCGUUCGGCGAGGGGGCCACCAGGCAGAAAAGAAGCGACACGGAGACAGCCGUCUCCCCGAGAGAAGCUUCGGCGUCGCGCGCGUCGAGAGAAGGCCCGAGCGUGGGGACGGCGGUGGGAGAUGUUUGCCGACCAGUCUCUUCGUCUCCGCAGCCGGACGAGGUGGAAAGAGAUCAAGAGAGAAGAGAGGGGAAACGCGGGGGAAGCGACUUUGUGGAAGAUCCUUCGUGUUUCCCGAGCCGCGUCGCCUGUCCAGGCGGGCCUUCUUUACCGCGUCGUUCGCCUUGUUCGUGCUCUUCACGGUUUGUUUCUGCCAGGCACUCCGAUUCUUUCCCGGAAAACCUGCCGCGCGGCAGCCCCACCACCGAGGACGCACAGCAGCCUCGCGGUUCGCUUUCCGCUGCCGGUUCUUCGUCUUCCUCUGUGUCUCUGCCUCCUUGCGAGUCCGAUCCGCCCGCGAGUUCUGUGGCGUUCACUCCAGGCGACCCUGGCCGAGCGACUGUUUCCAGAGGCCGUGGACCGCAGCAGGAAGGCCCGUUUCCCUGUUCGGCGUCGCUUGCCUUCUCGGCUCCGCCCGUGUGCAUGCCGUCAGGCCUAGCGCGUUCUUCCUCGUGUUCUGAGCGCAAGACGACGCUCACGCUGUCCCAGUCGCGGGCCUCGUGUCUCCGGCGCUCGCCUCCGCGACUCGCGACGCAGCGCUCGCCUGAGGUGCUGCGCGGGCCGGUCUUGCGCGUCUUCUCGCUCCAGGCGUGCUCGCCGGGGAGCCCAGAGGGACCGUUGUGGGCAUCGAUGCCUUUGACGGGUCGCGGCGCAUGCGAGCGCGGCGCCGCGGCUGCAGACGCGGCUGCAGACGCGGCCGACGAAUCCGCGGAGGCCAGCAACGCGGAUGACGCGCAGUUCAGGGUGGGAGAGGACUGUUUGCCAGGACUUCCGAGCAGAGAAGACGCACUGGGGAGACAGGCGAGACAGGGAGACGCACGCGGCGCUUCGCGUCGAGAGGCGUCGCUUCAGCAGAGAGACGCAACGGCGAUGCUGUGUGUCAGAUGCUCACGCGUGAGUCAGCGGGGCGGGUGUCUUCCGCUCUCGGAGUGGAGUCGCCAUCAGGUGGACCAUCACCGCAUCCACCGCGUCAUCUCCUACGGAGAGGAAGAAGAAAGGGAGGCAAACCAUCGCCGGAAAGAGGCCAAGCAAGAGGGCGACCGACGGCGGCUGGCGGACGAGGAAGAGAGUCCGCGCGCCGCUUCGCAGGACAACGGCACGCAGGACAGCGGGGAGGCUCUGAGCACCGAAGAGCACGCAGGUCUAGCGGCGGACCACUUCGUUCACGGUCGAACCCACCGUCGACAAGGACGAACAGGCGAACGGGGAAGCGUGGCAGAAAACGAUGCAGAACGGUCGCCUUUCGAGGACCAGGAAUCGGACGUGGAGUUCUCAAGCAGAGGCGACGGCUGUGUCGGCCGGCUCCGAAACGACAGCUGCGGAAGCAGAGGGGACUCUGACGCAGAGCGUGGAGAGACAAGAGAAAGAGUCGAUGCUCACGCUGACGCGCCGCCGCCUCACGUGGAACGGCUGAGGCCAGCCUGGGAUCCUGUGCCGGAGGCGAGGAUGGAAAGGGUGUGCAGCGAACGAGAACCGCCCUCUUCAGAAGGGAUGUUUGCCCCAGACGAGACGCAAAAGGAGGCAAGGCGACGCCUCCGCUCGCCAGGCUCCGGACGAGCCUGUCUGAAGCGAGUGGUUCCCGUCCACGAAGCAUCUGGUGAAGGAAACGGAGAAGCGUGGAAGCCAGGAAUGCGCCACGAGGCGCGGUUUUCGCCACGGACAUCUCCACCAAGAGAAGCCGCCGAAACGGGUGGAUGGGAUUUCCAAAGCCGCCUGUCGGUGGACGGACAGAGGCGAGAGACGAAGCAAGUCUCAGCAGACAGGAGACAAGAACGCGCGGAACGACCGGAAACAGCUCGGCAGGACAUGCGGGCGAAACCACAUGGCGCGCGUGUCGACGAAGGGCUGGGAGCGUCACGAAGUCCAGGAUGCGCGACUGUGUCGGCACAUGAAGGCCUCCCACGCGAGAGUCCAGCGGCGCCCCACUCUCCAGUUUGUCCCCCGUCAUCUUCGCCCCCGUCUUGUUCGACGUCUUCUUUCUCGUCGGCGUCUCGCUCGCUCGUGUCGUCGCCUUCCCUGCCGAAAGCCGGUGCGGCGGUUUCGCGCGCGACUGCGGGCCUUCCAACCUCGGCGCUGCGUUUGGAACUGUCCUGCGCAGAUGAGCAGGCAGACGGUAGGCCUCCGGGGCGAGCUGCGGCGUCUCCAGAGUGCGCCCCCAUGGCUCUGGCAGCAGGACUCUCGCCGGCUGGCGGCUCUUGGCCUGUUUCGCCUCGAGGCGCCAGCGCAUGCAGUUCCCCUGCGGCAUCGCUGUCCGGGUGCGUGCGCGAAGCCGACCUGCCGUCCUCGGCAGGGCCGGAAGACAGUCGUGCUGCCUCGACAUUUUCGAGCCGGUCGAGGCACUCUGCGAGCGACUUCUUUUCGGAUACUUCCGAGCAGCCUCAGGCGCGAAAGGACGCGAAGUUCUCCACCCACGACGGCGAGGCCGACGGGCGUCGAUGCCUGACGCCGUCGCUGGCUGCUUCGCUCCCGGAUUCCUCGAGUUUCCGCCCGCAAGAGUCUCCUCGGCUUCUUCUCGGCCUGCCGCACUCUGCAAGUGUGCCGCAUUCUUCCUUCUCUGCGAGACACUUCCGCACUGACGUCUCCCGAGAGCCCGCGAGCGCCUCCGCACCGCCGUCGCCAGAGUUUUUCGGUCAGGCUUCUCGCUUUCUGCCUCCGCUUAGCUGUCGCUCGGGGGUGUCUCCAGCCCGACGUUCGAGCGACAACCUCCCGAAGCUCUCGCGCGGGCGUUUGUCCGUGGCGUCUUCUCCCUCGUCGUUCUCUCAGCGCUCCAACCCGCUGCCGGUCUGUGUAGACCGCGAUCGGCGAGAAUGUCCGAGCGAUGCAGGCAAACCGGCGCUGCCGCGCUGCGCAUUCAGCACCGGUGCGCUUCUGGCGAGUCUUCUCGGGGGCGAAGAAGAACAGAGUCGCUCCGGCCGGGGGACCGGUGCGAGCGCCUGGCGGCGACCGACGGAGACAGAAGGAAGAUUGUGGACCGCAGACGCAGGACGGCUGCGGCCAACCGGCGAAUCCCGCGGAGUAGCUGCCGCAGGGCCGAAAAGCGGUGGGCAUCUCGUUGGAACAAAAUCUUCGGUCUUCAUGCUUCCCACGGACGAGUGCACGACGAUGGUGCGCCUGGUGUCGCGUUCGGGGCGCAAGUCCUCGGAGUUUUUCCGCGAUGUCCAAGACUUGAGUUCGUUUUCGUCGGGUGCGUCAGCCACAACGAGCAGUCCAGCUGCAAAGAGCCCUCUUCUCUCUUGCACAACGCCCAGAGCCUACGCUGGCGCUCCGUCCAGAUCGCGGAGACAGACGCCGCAACAUUCUGGCGUCUCUUCCCCUCCCCGCACCGCGAAACACUCCACUCAGAAACCGUCUCGAAGGGAAGGAGCCGAGUAG